AUGCAUUGGACACUACUUGCCAUCGCGGGUCAAACGGCCCUAGGCCUUCAAGCUGCGGUGCCUGCACCUCCUCAACCAGAACCAAUUGAUAUCUUUGAACUCCCACUACCUCCUGUCGCUCCGAAUAAUCACACGGGUGCUUGUGAUUUCUCACUCAAUCCCCAUCAAACUGGCUGUAUUGGAAAAAGGUCGGACUCCUUUCAAGCAGGCGACUUCACACCUGAUGGCAAGCAUGUCGUUGCCACUGUCGAAUUUGUCGGCGCUCCUGCCGCACCAAGCCCCGGCAGCAUAUACACCGGUACUCAACUCAUCAUGAUCAAAGUGGACGGUACGAGUUUCAGCAAUGGCGACCCGUGGAAAUGUCUCAGCUGCGGCGUUCCCCCGGAGAAUGCGCGCUCCCUCGACCCGUCGAGAGACUAUCCACACGUCGCUCGGAAUUACCAGCAAGUCCUUUGGGGCCAUAACAUUUUGGAAUGUGGCAAUGUCCCUCUGAAUAGUGAUCUAUGCACACCAAACAAAACACACAUAUAUCCCAUCUACUGGCCAGCGGGUACAAACACCUCCGCCAGCCCUCGAGAAAUGCGCAUGCACCCCGACGAUGUUCACAUGGGCUGGAGCUCAUUCACAACCGGGGGCGAGUAUUCAUACUACGGUAGAGUGCAAUUCAACCCAAAGCCGAAUAGCGGCAAGCUCCGUGUUCCACGAUACGAUCUCGUCGAUGUGAACCUUCUUGUCCAGCCAUAUGGCACUGCGCCAAUCACAGUUCACGGCUCUGAGCUCAAGAUUCACGAUGAGGCCAUUACCAUUGGUGAGCUACGUGGAUUCAGCGGUGCUGGUGAUGAAAUCAUCUACAUUGGAUCGACGCGAGAGGCCAACAACAUUGAUCUCUUCGCUGUACAUAUCAUAACAGGGGUCGUCCGCCGGCUGACUAGUCACCCUGAGUACGCAGACCCCAUCGCAUUCUCGCAUGAUAAUCAAUGGUUUGUGACUAUGGACACUCGCGGCUCAGAUCGCCAAAUGUGGAUGUCCGGGGUACGGCACAUCCCUCCUAUCAUCGAUCUCGUCGCGGUGACAGCUGCUUCUUCAACUCGAAACAACGGCGCUCGCCGAUUCUUCCAGCCGAUCUUGAUAGACCGCUAUGGUGACCGAGGAGAUUAUUUCGGCCAACAGGUCAAUGGUGAAGGCGAUGGAAGCAAUGGCAGUGCUAAUGACCCAAAUUGGAACGGCAAAGCUGAUCCAGCUUUCUCUCCCGAUGGCACGAAAAUUGUCUAUUGGCAGAGCAUAGUCACUUCGCCGGCAUGCGGUGGUGUCAACCCUCUGCCUUGUCCAAUCUCAACGGCUCAAGGCGGCAGGACCUAUCGUGUGAUGGUAGCAAGACUUUCAGGUCGAGAGCCCACCAGUCCUGCCCCUGUCUUUGAUGCACCGGAUAAAAUCCCCUGGGCAACGUCUUUCGCACCAGGAGCCACGCCGCCUUCUAUGCCUUCUAUUCCUGCGGGGAAUUACACCCUAUAUGGCAAGGCUAGUGGUUUCGCGAAGGCAACUUUCUCAAAGAACCCGCUUCUUGGUACUCUCGAGACUGUGUCUAUGAGAUACACCAACUACUCAGACGAUGGAGAACACUAUAUCAAUGGUCGUGAAUCGGUCACUGUGACCAUAUCACCAGCGGACCCUUGGGCCAAUCAUUUGGAUUGGGUUUCUGAUAUCGUUCAAACCGGUCCAGUACAUGCAACCAAAAAGACUGGUCCAGGCGGAUUCCAUUUGUCAAUCAAUGCCCUUAAGAAUAUUUUCGUGGCUAAUGGGACAUUAACCACGACUAUUGAUGGCGUGGUCUAUCACCAACCACUUAACUAUACAUGA